AUGUCUCAAAACCUUGAGGCACAGUACAUGUCUCCUACUCAACACGCAUUUCUUGCCGAGCUAUAUGACGGGUUCGAUAAGAUCCCCAUCAACAACCAUAGCAAAUUCUUGCAGUCCAUUUAUGAGAUAUGGUUCGCUCAAUGGCCUGAGCAUGAUGUCUACCCAGGGGACACACACCGAGAGUUGAUCCAGAAGUAUUUUAUUAGGAGAAAGGCAGCUCGCUUGUGA